AUGGCUCUUACAUAUCAAUACGAACGGCUCACACAUGACGAUGAAAUCAGACUGCUGCACUUGGAGCCUGGGUCGGGCGACCACAUUCACUUCACUCUCCAUCCUGUAAGACUAGGUGACAGGCCUCCGUACGAGGCGAUAUCCUACUGUUGGGGUGAUCCCAAUGACACUUGCAUGGUGUAUUGUGGCGGUAGGCCGCUGCACAUAACAAAAAGCCUCUACACCGGCCUCAGACGACUGCGGAAAAACGAUGCAGUGCGAGUCCUCUGGGCAGAUGCAGUCUGUAUCAACCAGAGGUGCACCUCGGAAAAGAACGUGCAGGUUGCUCUCAUGAAUCGCAUCUACUCGCAACCAAGUAGAGUCCUCAUUUGGCUGGGUGACGAUACUUCCGGGCUCGAGGGCCUCCACGAGUGCAUCCAAGGUGCACUCGAUGUCCUGCCGCCCGAUCAUUUUGAGUUUGAGGAAUUAUACGCCCUUUCCAAGAGCAUAUUCCGGGAAGCCAGCCAACUACGAGCAGCCGACAAGCCCAACUUCAAUGACCACGACUGGCGCCCCAUUACGAACCUCCUUCUUCGGCCUUGGUUCGAUAGACGGUGGAUUAUUCAGGAGGUUACGCUUGCGGACGACAGUGUACCCAGGCUCGCCAUAUGCGGAGACAUCGAGUUUUCGUGGAACCAUCUCGCCAGCGUCGCGUACAGACUCGCGUCCUAUGGGAUUACUCCUCCCCUCGCCGGACUGUCCAUUAUAAAUUGUCAUGCGCCUUACAUGAUGUCGUUCAUGGCUGAAGGGGGCAGGCCCAUCAUGGUGCUGGUAGCCCUUUCCAUGACCUACCUCCUCAAAAUGUACCGAAACACGGGGAACCUCGUCGACUGCGUGGUUGCCACCUCCCUGUUCAAGUGCGGCUUUCCACACGAUCACCUCUACUCGCUGCUGAGCUUGCCACAGAAGCCAAGCGGCGUGGUGGCAGACUACGGCCUCUCGAUCGAGGACGUGUGCAUGCAAUUCGCCGCGACAACUCUCAUCGUCGACCAAAACCCAAGACUUCUUAGCCUAGCGCCGCACACGUCCAUUCGCACCGGGGGCCAGAAAGUCCAGCGCCUGGAUCUACCGUCCUGGGUUCCGGACCUGACGUGCCAGGGACCGGUGAACCCGUUGGUGUCCUACACAAUCCGGCCGCAGCUCUUUCAUGCCGGAGGGAAGGAACCACCUAACAUUACCAUGUCCUCCGACCGCAAGCGGGUGCACCUGAAGGGCCGUAUCGUUGACAAGGUUGCAACGCGGGCUAGGGCCCAGGUAGAUGUGCCCUGGCCCACCGAGGAAGAUAUCAAGCCCAGAACUGGCUUCCACGUUUAUGUCAAGAAGCGUAUGAUGAACUGGCUGCAGGAAUGCUAUGAGGUCGCCGGGGAGGAGUAUUCGAGACAGAAUGGCAAACAAGGGAGCCACCCUGCGGAAAAGAGCGGGGAACGAGAAGAGUUGAGGCGGCAGUUCCUUGAGACUCUCCUCUGCGGCAUGACUAUGUUGCGGGAUCCCAUACCCGAGGAGGCGCUGGAGGCCACGCAGGUUUACGUCGACUAUAUCUUCGACUACUUCACCGACGACUAUGUGUUGUCAACAGAAGUCAAGGGGACUAUGUUGACGUACGGGGCGUUGAUCGAGCAGUCGAUUUUGGCCAUGGCUGAGGCUCGGUGUUUUUGCCGGACGGAACAAGGUCGGCUGGGACAGGUCCGCGCCGAUGCGGUAGCGGGGGAUCUCUUUGUGUGUAUUGUCGGCGCUGAGGUACCCUAUCUUCUGCGGCCGAGCCCUGAGCUGGAGGGGACCUACACUCUCAUCGGCGAUGGGUUUCUCCAGGGUGUGAUGCAGGGCGAAGCAUUCACGAAUGCGCGGUACCAAACUAUCGACAUCACGAUUGUGUAA